AUGCUAGCUAACAAGAACUCUCAGGCCGACCCCGUCUACCUUUCGAAUACUGCCAACCUCGAGAAAUACCUCAAGCUCCCACAGCGAGGCUCGGUGAUCGCCGAGUACGUCUGGAUUGAUGCCUCCAACGGUGUCCGCUCCAAGUGCAAGACCCUCCCCAAGAAACCAGAGAGCGUCAGCGAGCUUCCAGAAUGGAACUUCGACGGCUCUUCAACAGGCCAGGCACCUGGCGACAACUCAGAUGUCUUCCUCCGACCCGUUUCCAUGUACCCAGACCCCUUCCGCCUCGGCGACAACAUCCUCGUGAUGUGCGAGACCUACAUGUCCGAUGGCAAGCCAAACGCAUACAACUUCCGUCACGAUGCCGCAGUCGUCAUGGAGAAGCACGCCAAGCACGAGUUCUGGUUCGGUCUUGAGCAAGAGUACACCCUUCUCGACACCACCGGCUGGCCAUACGGCUGGCCCAAGAACGGCUUCCCAGCUCCUCAGGGCCCAUACUACUGCGGUGUCGGUGCUGGCAAGGUUUUCUGCAGAGAUAUCGUCGAGGCUCACUACAAGGCCUGCAUGUAUGCCAACAUCAACAUCUCGGGUACCAACGCCGAGGUCAUGCCAGCCCAGUGGGAGUACCAGGUCGGACCAUGCGAAGGCAUCACCCUUGGCGACCAGCUCUGGAUGUCCCGAUUCCUCCUCCACCGUGUCGCUGAAGAAUUCGGCGCCAAGAUCACCUUCAACCCCAAGCCAAUCCCCGGUGACUGGAACGGUGCCGGUCUGCACACCAACGUCAGCACAAAGGAGAUGCGUGAGAAGGGUGGCAUGAAGCACAUUGAGAAGGCCAUGGAGUCGCUUGCCGGCCGCCACAAGGAGCACAUGAAGGUUUACGGAGAGGGCAAUGAGGCUCGUAUGACUGGUGCACACGAGACCGCAUCAUACGACAAGUUCACCUGGGGCAUUGCCAACCGUGGCUCGUCUGUGCGUGUCAACCGCGAUGUCGCAGAGAAGGGCUUCGGCUACUUCGAGGAUCGCCGACCUGCGUCGAACGCGGAUCCAUACCAGAUUACUGGUAUGAUUGUGGAGACGAUCUGCGGUAAGGUCGAGGGCGCCGACGUCUUCUCGAGUUCGCAACAACAGCAACAAGAGCUCGAGAUGGUCGUCCCCGUCGCGAAGCCAUAG